AUGCCUAACACCAUUCCAUGCAGUCACUCAUGCCAACAAGACCACAGCACACUCCAACUGCCCUGUGGAAGUUGUAGGCAGUAUUUCAAGACCCCUGGUGGGCAGACAAAACACCACUUGUCUGCACAUCCUGCUCCACCCAUAGCACCUCAGGCCACCCAUCAGCACUCUCCAGAACCUAUGGAUGUCAACACAAUCAAAGAACACGAGAAUUGUCCAGAAUUUGAUGUGGAUAUCGAAAUGGACGAACCCCCACAUCAUACAUCUCCUCAGCCAGAUGUCGAUGCUGAAUUCUUUGGGCCUGGGGAUCAUUUGUAUCGAAACUACCAUAUGGUUCUUGAUGGAAGACUGUGUGAUGCAAAUGGUGUAUUUCUUCCCCCUGGUGCUCCACCCCUGCCACCUAACAAUGUGGAUAUGAAUGAUUGGACUCCCUUUCGCAAUCAUAUGGAAUUCGAGAUGGCCAAGUUCCUGUACACUCAAAAUCAGAUGCCAGCAGGUCAAAUUGACAGGCUAUUGGACUUAUGGGCAUCUACUCUGGUGAAGCAUGGUGACAAGCCACCAUUCGCAGAUCACCGUGACUUGUACCAAGUCAUUGAUAGCUCACCCCUCAGAGAUGUAAAAUGGCAGAGUUUUACAGUUGCUUAUGAUGGCAAGAGACCUGAAAAUGAUACAAAGCCUUGGAUGGAUGACAAGUAUGAUGUCUGGUAUCAUGAUCCUCACAACGUUGUUCACAACAUGCGUCAGUGGAAAGAUUUCAUGUCUGGUGACUGGGCAUGGGAUCAAGCAGAUGAAAUCGCCAAAGACCCAAGCACCCUAGGUUCAACAUUUGUGCCUGUCAUCCUUGGGAGCGACAAAACUACAGUCUCUAUUGGUACUGGGAACAAUGAAUAUUAUCUGCUUUAUGCCUCGAUUGGGAACAUUCACAACAAUGAGCAUGCUGGUGAGCCAGCAUUCCGAAAAUUUCAUCAACAACUAUUCCACUCAUCGCUCUCAAAGAUUCUUGAGUCACUCAAACCCGGUAUGACAACUCCCGAAGUUGUAUGUUUUGGAGAUGGGCCUUACAUCGCAGAUUAUGAGGAGCAGGUACUGUUAGCAUGUAUUGUCCAUUCUUGGUGUCCUAAAUGUAUGGCACCUAGCAGUGAUCUUGAUCAAGACGCAUUAUGUUGUUGUCGUAGCUAUACAGAGGCACUCAUUGAGGAAGGUACCUCAGGUGAUCUUUGGGAUAACUUUGGAAUAGUCUCCGAACUUGUGCCCUUCACAAAUGACUUUCCCCGGGCCAAUAACUAUCAGAUGAUCUUGCCUGACAUCCUCCAUCAGCUCGUAAAAGGGGCGUUCAAGGACCACCUUGUAGACUGGGUUGAGAAGUACCUCAAACAUUACCACCUUAGAAUUGCUGCUGUCGCCUCAUUUGCAGGCUUGCGGCAAUUUCCUCAGGGAUGUGGCUUCAAGCAAUGGACAGGAGAUGAUUCUAAGGCCCUUAUGAAGGUCUAUUUGCCUGCUAUUGAGGGUCAUGUACCCAAAGAUGUGGUGUGGGCAUUCCGUGCCCUUCUUGAAUUUUGCUAUCUAGUCCGCUGUAAUAUCAUUUCUGAAGAUGCCCUAGUUGAGAUUGAAGAUGCACUUUCACGUUUUCACCACUAUCGUGAAGUAUUCAAAAUGACAGGCAUCAUUCCCACCUUCUCCCUUCCUUGUCAACACUCACUCAAACACUAUGUUCAAAAUAUACAGCUGUUUGCAGCACCCAACAGCCUCUGCUCUUCCAUCACCAAAAACAAACACAUCAAAGCAGCACUUGGUCAAAUGUUGCUGACAAAUCAGUGGCUCGACAAACUUGCAGGGAUGCUAUCUGGUACAUGUCUCUCAGCAGCAAUGGACAUCCUAGCGCCAAUCAACAUUGAUGAGGACUUGGAGAUCAAUAAUGGCCCGACAGUCUUACAAGCCUUUGGCAAAAAAUGCACUCAAACCAUCCCUGCUCUUGCUGAAGAAUUGAACAUUCCUUGCCUACCCAAACUUUUGCAUCCUGAUGAUCCCCACGAGGCAUCUGAUAUACGCCUCUCCGAAUGCCCUCACUACCUUGGUAAAAUCUCAGUCAUCAAUUCUGUUUACUUGAGUGGGAUUGGGGGUAUGUGUACUGAGCAUAUUCAUUCAUGUCCAUCAUGGUGGAAGGAGCAUCUGUGUCAUGACUGUGUCUUCAUCAAUACAGACCCUGACCUACCUGGAAUGCAAGGCCUUGAUGUUGCCCAUGGUGAGUUGUAUCCCUGUGUGGUGAUAUGCUGGUUCAACAAAUUCGGUGACAUGGCAGACGAGGACACCGGAAUGUGGGUCAUCCAUCCAUCACAUGUGGAUGGUGUUCCUGAGUAUGCUGUCAUUCAUAUCGACUCCAUCUUCCAGGCUGCACAUCUUAUUCCUGUGUAUGGCACUGAAUUUGUGCCUCAAGGUCUCAAAUUUUAUCAUUCAUAUGAUGCAUUUCAAGCUUACUACAUGAAUAAAUAUGCUGACCAUCAUGCAUUUGAGAGUGCCAUUUGA